AUUCAAGUUAAGAUAAGCACUCAAAUUAUUUUAAAACAAUUCAUAAUCAAAUAUAUAACAAUGGCGAAUGUAUUAAGAGAAAAUUUACUGAUAGGAAUUGGUCAUCCUCUGUUAGACAUAACGGCAAUGGUAGAUAUACAAUUUUUAACAAAAUAUAACCUUAAAAAGAAUGACGCAGUUAUAGCUACCGAACAACAUCAAAAUGUAUACAAAGAAUUAGUGAAGGAAUAUCCUGUUACUUACACGGUAGGAGGAAGUAUACAAAAUACAUUAAGAAUCAUACAAUGGUUAAUAGAAACACCAAAAGUAACUACAUUUUUUGGAGCCGUUGGUAGAGACGAUUUGUCAAACAUUUUAUCAGAUAAAGCAACACGAGAUGGAGUUAAUGUCAACUAUCAAUAUGUAGACAAGGAAUUGACAGGUACCUGCAUAGUUCUUAUAACAGGAAAAAGUAGAUCUUUGUGUACCAACCCUGCAAGUUCAAGAUUAUUCAAAAUAGAACAUUUACAAAUUCCUGCUAAUAAAAGUUUGUUAGACACAGCGGAUUACUAUUAUAUGGGAGGGUUCUUCUUAUCUGUAAGUGUUGAUACUGUACUGGAGAUUGCAAAAAUUGUCGUAGCAAAUAAACGUCAAUUUUUAUUUAAUAUCAGUGCACCUUUUAUUUGUAAAAAUUAUAAAGAUGCAUUACUGGAAUUUAUGCCUUAUUUUGAUGUUGUUUUCGGAAAUAAAUCUGAAAUAGAAGCUUUUGCUGAAGCUCUUCAAAUUAAAAGCAGUAAUAUAGACAAGAUAAUUGUAGAUUUAGCAAAAUGGCCAAAAAUAAUUGGCACCAAACCAAGAAUAAUUGUUCUCACGCAAGGGGAGAAUCCAGUAAUAGUAGGAAUAGAAGAUACCAUUUUAAAAUUCCCUAUAGCAAAAAUCGAAGAUGAAGCCAUUGUUGACACAAAUGGUGCAGGCGAUGCAUUUGUAGGAGGUUUCUUGGCACAAUACAUACAAGGAAAAGACUUAGAAGUGUGCGUUAACUGCGGAAUUUGGACUGCAUCAAAAAUUAUACAAAAAAUUGGUUGUACUUUUGAAGGCAAAGCCCUCUACAAAUAAAACAUUUUUGUUUACAACUGAAAAUUUAACGACAUCAUUUGUUAAAUUUAAAAAAUAUAGAAACUACCUGCA